CAUCCGAACUCAUACAUGGAAAGAGAGUUUAGUUUAAAAUUUACCAGAGACAAGUACAUGACACAAUCUAAUGUUGUGUCUUUUAAGUUUGAACUCCACAACUGAUGUUCAAAACCCAACAAGAAGGAAACAGAGUCAGCAAAAAAGGCAAAUUUCCAUCCCAACAGAGCCUCUCUCUCUCUCUCUCAUGCCCCUAACUUCACCAAAAUGGCUUCAAUGUCCUUCCCUCUCUUUCACAAUCCCCACAUCCUUGUUCCAGUACCCAAGAAACUCAAGCACCUUUCUAUGCAACUACUGUUUCAAGAACAAAGAGCAAACCCAGAGCUGGAAUGGCUUGAAGGUCAUUAGAGGGAAGAAACUUUUGAAGGAUCUUACCACUUGGGGCAUUGGUGGCGUUUGCAACUACUUUGUUGAAGUUUUUGACCAAACCCAGCUUCUUUCUGCCAUCAGAUAUUGUCAUGUGAAUUCCAUUCCAUACAUUAUCAUUGGCAAAGGCUCAAAUUGCCUCUUCGAUGAUCUGGGUUUUGAUGGUUGUCUUAUUCUAAAUCGGAUCGAGUUCUUAGAGAGGAUUGACCCUGGAGUUUAUAGGGUUGGAAGUGGUUUUCGUUUUAAUCAGUUGGGAGUGCUGAGUUGCAAUGAAGGAUUUACAGGUCUUGAGUUUUCAGGAGGCGUUCCUGGGACUGUAGGAGGUGCCACUUACAUGAAUGCUGGAGCAAAUGGUCAGGAGACUGCCAGUACCAUUGAAAGCAUUGAUAUUGUUACGACUGAGGGAGCUUUUCAGACUCUUCACAGAGUUGAUCUCAGUUUUGGCUACCGAUCAUCACCAUUUCAAGACAUGAAAGACUUGGCAGCAAUCACUGCAGUCACAUUUCGGCUGCAGGGCUCAGGAUCAGCUCGGAAAAGGCAACAAGAACUUCUGAAGAGGCGAAGAAUAACUCAACCCCUGGGGGAACGCAGUGCUGGCUCAGUAUUUCGAAAUCCAUCCAGUUUGGGUGUUUCAGCAGCUGAGUUAAUUGAUAAAACUGGGUUGAAAGGCUUUAGCAUAGGAGGAGCAAUGGUUUCCCAUAUCCAUGCCAAUUUCUUUGUCAAUAUUGGUGGUUCAACUUCACAAGACAUGCUCAAUCUCAUUGCUUUCGUCAAGGACAAGGUUGACAAGAAGUUUGGAAUAGAACUUGAGGAAGAAGUAUUGUAUUUUCAUCCCUACUGUAAUUUAAUGAACAAGGAAAGGUAAUUGUAAAGAAAUUGAUGUUUUCAAUAAUAUUCCAAUCAAAUUAGGAAUAAUACAAUUUGUUCAAACAAACAGAUUCAUUUUGGAAUGUUACUGCAUCAGGGAACCUCAAUGCAUUCUAUGUGUGUUAUUUCCAGCACUUCUUGUAAGUGCUUUGGUAA